AUGGCUCCCAUACCUAGCAAAGCUAGGGUAUAUGCGGAUGUCAACCCGUCGAAACCGCGUGAAUACUGGGAUUACGAAUCACAUGUUAUCGAAUGGGGAAACAUUGAUGACUACCAGCUUGUUCGUAAACUUGGACGUGGAAAGUACUCAGAGGUGUUUGAAGGUGUGAAGAUAACAACGGACGAAAAAGUCGUUCCUGUGAAAAAGAAGAAGAUCAAGCGUGAAAUCAAAAUUCUUGAAAAUCUCCGUGGCGGAACUAAUGUCAUCACUUUAUUGGAUGUUGUAAAAGACCCUAUAUCACGUACACCAGCUUUGAUCUUUGAAUAUGUGAACAAUUCCGACUUCAAACAAUUGUACGGCACUCUUAGCGAUCUGGAUAUUCGCUACUAUUUGUAUGAAUUGUUGAAGGCUUUGGAUUAUUGCCAUUCUCAAGGAAUAAUGCAUAGAGAUGUUAAACCACACAACGUCAUGAUCGAUCAUGAGAAAAAACAGGGACCAGAGCUUCUUGUAGAUUAUCAGUGUUACGAUUAUUCCCUUGAUAUGUGGAGUUUGGGAUGUAUGCUAGCAAGUAUGAUCUUCCGAAAGGAACCGUUUUUCCAUGGACAUGACAACUACGACCAGCUCGUUCGCAUUGCCAAAGUGCUCGGUACGGAAGAGCUACAUGAAUACAUUGACAAAUAUCAUAUUGAAUUGGACCCGAGAUUCAACGAUAUUCUUGGUCGGCAUUCUCGGAAACGUUGGGAAAGAUUCAUUCAUGCUGAAAAUCAGCACCUAGUUACUCCAGAAGCCAUUGAUUUCCUCGAUAAACUUCUUCGUUACGAUCAUCAGGAGCGUUUGACAGCGCGAGAGGCGAUGGCACAUCCAUAUUUCUUCCCCGUUGUGGAGGCUGCUCGUCAAGGUGGUGACUCCCUUACGGUGAAAAAUGAACAUGCAGAACUGCUCCCACAAGUAGCCGCUACAUCGUAA